GUGUCCGGCGCAGACAAGGCAGCUUGUUUUUAACGAUGAGGAGAGAGAAGGAGCUGAAGAAACCGAUUCAGGGCUGCUCCAUGCGGGGAUGAGCACUGGGCCAUGCAGAGGAGACACAGCAGCAACACGGAUGGCAUGCCCUCUGAAAGGAGCCGAAGCCAAACUCUAGGAUCCGAGAGCAGCCUCGAUGAGGGAGGUGUCUUCGACUGCCUGAAGCCCGACUCAGCCGUCUCCCCCCAGCAGAUCUUCUCCGGCCUUGUAGGUGUCCCCUCCGGUUCUGUCUCCUCCGCCCAGUUCCAGGCAGCCGGCUUAGUCCUGGGCUCCCCCCCUGAAGUGUUUAUCCAGAUGACCGCAUCAUCCAGAGAAGAAGGGGGCCCCCACCGCUCUGAGGGUGGAUCCUUUCUCUCUCGCCCGCCGCAGCACCACCAUCACCACCACCAUCACCACUUCCACCAGGCGCUGCAGCACAGGACGUCCUCUCUGCUCCAGCAGGCCGCCACGUCGGCCGGCUCGGAGAGGCAUGGCUCCAGGGAGGAGGGCCAGGAGGACCCGUCCACACCGGCUCCGGCCCUGUCCGAGCUGAAGUCGGUGGUCACCUGGCUGCAGAGGGGUUUCCCCUUCAUCCUGAUUCUGCUGGCUAAAGUCUGCUUUCAGCAUAAGCUCGGUAUCGCUGUGUGCGUGGGGAUGGCCAGCACAUUCGCUUAUGCAAACUCCACAUUCAGGCACCAAGUGGCAUUACGGGAGGAACGUUCUGUUAUUGUUGCUCUUUGGAUCUUAAUGUUCCUUUCAGGGAAUAUUUUCUAUAUCUAUUAUACAUUCAGCCACGAGGAGCUGCACAACAGCCUUAUGUUUUCCAAGCCCAACCUCAGCAGCUUUGACUUCUUCAACCUGAUUUGGGCUGUGGGCAUCACUGACUUUGUCCUGAAGUAUUUCACCAUCGGCCUGAAAUGCUUCGUCCUCUUUUUGCCCAAGAUUCUUCUGGCGUUCAAAUCCAGGGGUAAGUUCUACCUGCUGAUCGAGGACCUGAGCCAGCUGUUCAGGGCGCUGGUUCCCAUCCAGCUGUGGUACAAGUACAUCAUGGGAGAAGACCCGUCUAACAGCUACUUCCUGGGAGCCACGCUCAUCAUCAUCUACAGCCUCUGCAAGUCCUUCGACAUCUGUGGACGCGUAUCAGCCAUAUGUAAAGCCGUGGCUGUGCUUUGCAGCUCCCAGAGUUAUGGAAUGAGGGCCGGCAAUCAGCAGUGCAGCGAGGCGGGGGAUGUCUGCGCCAUUUGUCAGACUGAUUUCAGAGAUCCCAUCGCCCUUCUCUGUCAGCACGUGUUCUGUGAGGAGUGCCUGUGCCUGUGGUUCGACCGGGAGAGAACCUGUCCGCUGUGCCGCUCCACCGUUAUCGAGACCAUGCGCUGCUGGAAGGACGGCACCACCUCAGCUCACUUCCAGAUAUACUGAGCCGUGACCACGUGAUGGAUGGGCUCCCGCAAAGACGCAACCGUGCCGUGACACAACAAAGAAGAUGGUGUGUCGUGUUUCUCUGUUUUGGUAAUUCUUAAAACCAGGUUUUAGCACAAUUGCAGUAACACACACUGAAGGUGAUGAUUUUGAUUUUGGAGCUGAAGUAACAUGAAGCUGCUGGUAGGAGCCACGUGCGUUAACAGAGCUGUGCUGUUGUGGCAUUAGUCCCAUUUAUCUGUACAUGUUGAUUUAUUCUCUGUUGUACAUUUAUUUUACAUUUUAAACAUGAUAAAAGAGUUGAUUUGACUUAGUGUGGCGAUAAUGUAAAUAUUCACAGAUUUGUUGUUAUUCUUUUUGAUUUUGUAGUGUAUAUAUGGUUCCUGUAUAACUUUUUUUUUAAUAUAGUUUUAUUUGAUAUAUAAUUUAAAUGUCAGCAAUAUUUAUUUGAACAAAAGGGAAAUGUCUCACAAGAGAUUGCAAGUAGAAAACGACUCAAACAUUUUUUCCAUACGAUUAUUUAGAUAUUGAGUAAUGAACAUAAGAUGGGGUGUGAUUUUUUUUUAACAGUUCAUUGUACUUCGUGCAGAUAAUGAACGAUUUCACUUUCCGAUAAUGUUCACUUAUUCAUGUACAGUUGGAGUUCAUCUGUGGAUAUUCUUAACAUGUGUAAUUUCCUUUAGAAUAAUGUGAACAUGUUUUGAAUUAAAGCACCUUAGCUCAC